AUGAAUUACUUGUUCCCUAAUAAAGCUAGCACCAUAAACGAUGAUGAUCCACGGCCGACUCUGGUUGGCCAAGAUGGAGAAUACAUCAUGGAGUACUCCUUGGGCAAUCCAAUGUUUGAAACAUAUGGUGUCAUCGACACAGGUAGUGACUUUACUUGGUUACAAUGCUUGCCCUGCAUAAGAUGUUUUAAUCAAGGUGACUUGGACUACUUGCAUACUGAUUUUAACGUGGGUCUUCAUGCUGUGGACUGCACAAGCCCACUAUGUAUACAGAUUGUGAAUCCAUCGGUGACAGAAGUCUUAUGUGACGCUGAUAAUUGUCAGUGUAAAUAUAUGAUGGAAUAUUCUGAUGGUUCAACAUCAGCUGGAGAUGUGUUUCAUACUUUACUCAGACUUCAAACAACACCUGGUAACUAUGUGGGAUUUCCUAGGUUCAUAUUUGGAUGCAGUAGAGAAACGACAGGUGAUUUUUCUACAAUAGCUUCUGGCAUUAUUGGCCUCGGAAGAGCACCAGCAUCAAUGAUCUCACAAAUCUAUGACUACAUUGAUGGAAAAUUUGCAUAUUGUUUGGUUCCAAUGGGCCAAGAUGCAGUUAGUGAAAUGAGGUUUGGUCAAAUUGCUGUUAUUUCUGGACCAGGUAUCAUUUAUACUCCAAUGAUUCCGCAAAUCCUGACAAGUGAUAACUAUCAUAUUUUGAUGGAGGGAAUUACAGUGGGAGACGUAUAUGUUCCUUAUUUAGAAGGCGAUAAAGCUGUCCUUGGGACCAUUCUUCAGGCAAAUUUCAUGGUUUCAUUUGACCUUGAAAGGAAGAAAAUUGGCUUCAAGAAAAUGAACUUUAGCUUCUUGGAGGCUCUUGAUCCUCUCUACUAG